AUGCAGUAUUCGUGGUGCUGCGGCGCUGCAAAGCCCGGCGGUGCAGAGUCGACAAUAUUCGAGAUCGACACCUUCGCGAUCCUGGCUACCGGUUCCGUUUGUGUGAGUUGUCUAGCCUUUCUCGUUCCCGGGCCCCUGCUGGGAGAGGAAGAUGAAGCUGACGUGGAGUCCGUUACUCGUUGGUAUCCGUACAGCACCGAGACAGUUGCGGGCCUGACGCACACGACGGACCUUUUCUCGCGGCUGCUCAAGGAGCGCAUCGUCGCUGUCUACGGCGAAGUCGACGACCGCAUGGCCGCCACGGUCACCGCGUCCCUCCUGUACCUCGAGGCCGAAUCUGACCGUCCCAUCUCCAUGUACAUCAACUCACCUGGCGGGAGCGUGACGGCCGGACUCUCCAUCUACGACUGCAUGAACUACAUCGUCCCCGAAGUGUCGACGCUCGCGCUCGGCCAAGCCGCCUCGAUGGGCAGCCUGCUCCUCGCCGGCGGCGCCGCGGGCAAGCGCUACUGCCUCCCCCAUUCGAGCAUCAUGCUCCACCAGCCCAGCGGUGGCCACUACGGCACCGCGGCGGACAUUGCCAUUCACGCAAAGGAGAUCCUGCGGAUACGUGCGCAGCUGAACGGCAUCUAUGAGCGCCACUUGACGGGGAAGAAAAAGAUGACAGUCGACGAGAUCGAGAAGAUGAUGGAGCGCGACUACUUUUUGAGCGCCGAGGAGGCCCUGGAGAUGGGCGUCGUCGACGAGAUCCUGUCCAGCAGGAAGAAAAAGCCCGAGACGACGAAUGAAGAGACCUGA